CAGUACUCAGCUUCGUUGGGCUCUAAGAAGACCUACUAGGAAUCCAACAUGGGAGUUUUGACAACCGCGUGUUUCUUGACCACGGUCUUCUUGGGCGUCUGCUCAUACCGCAUCGACUACGAACAAUAUGUGGCGCCGUACUACGUCCACCAGCCACCUUACAUCACCUACCCUCAGAAGUUCCCCGCCGCCCCCGGCAACGCCGAAGUCGAUAACACCGGGAACAGUGCCAACGUAGCGCCGGCCGUGGCCCAGACCAACGCCGAGCCCGGCCGCCACUUCGACGAAUUGUUCUCGACCUUCGAGAAGACCUACCCGAGCAAACCCGAGGAGCAGUCCCCGGUGGAGUCGCGAACGUCCAAAGACUACGAGGAUUACGGCGAGGCGGCUGCUGAUGCCGAUGACCAAACGCAGCUAGCACCGCGUGACGCCGAGAACUCCGAGAGUCGCUGGGCGGAUCAAAAGAGCCACCAUGAGGACGAGGAGCACGCCGAGGUCCAUUACCACAAACAUACCCACAUGCACAAGCACCAGCACAAGCAGGAACAUCACCACAAACACAAGCAGGAGCACAAGCACGCACACGACCACCACAACCAGCACAAGCACGACCAUCACCAGGACCACAAGCACGAUCAUCAUCAUGGACACAAGCAUGCCCACAGCCACCAUCAGGACCACAAGCAUGACCAUCAUCAUGAUCACAAGCAUGGUCACAAGCACGGGCAUAAGCAUCACCAGGAGCACAAGGAGGACCAUCACGAGGACCAUAAGCAUGAUCAUCAUCAUGGGCACAAACACGAGCAUGGCCACGACCAUCAUCAGGCCCACAAACACGACCACCAUCAUGGACACAAACACGAACACCACAACGACCACAAACACGACCAUCAUCAUGGCCACAAGCACGACCAUCAUCACGGACACAAGCAUGGUCAUCAUCAUGGACACAAACAUGAGAACAAGCAUGACCAUCAUCAUGGACACAAGCAUGAGCACAAACAUGGUCACAAACAUGUGCAUUCCAAACAUGGCUAAAUGUCGUUACCCAUUCAUUUGGUGGUAACUGUUGUUAAUUGAUUUUAUUGUUGAAUUUGAAUGGUCACUUGUUAUUUGUUGAUGAUCUUAAUAAAUUUUAUCCAAAAA